CUGGGGUAUGGUUGACAUUUUUGAGGGUAAAACAGUAGAAACAUUGUAAGAGGGAUGAAUGAAACCUAAUCACUGUUAGCUAUUAUGAAUAUGAUUGAAGAAUAAAAAAAGUGAAAUAUUUAGAUUGGAAGAAGUAUAAGCUGAUAUUAAAUUGUAUCCUACAUUUAAGAUCAUAUAUGGCAUUAUUGUUAUUAUUAGUAAAAAUGUGUCGUGGGCACAAAAUGUUAUCUAUACACAAGAAUACAAUUAUCAGUGUUAACAAACUAGAUAAUACUUCACAUAAUAUUUACCAAUUCGUUUUACUGUUAACUGCCUAUUUCUCAAAUUCAUCUGAUAUACUUUCAAUAUGUUAACAAUAAACUUAUAUAUCCUAAAAGAAAUUAACUGAUAACCACUAUACAAAUGAAAUUAUACAAGUAAAUAAAAUCUUUGAAUAUUGUUGAUUAAGUGAUUAUUGAGCUAAUUGAAGUAAUCCAGUUCGAAUAACAAAAUAAUUAAAUAGAUAUAGCAUAAAACAAUUGUAAACAUCUUUCUGGCUGAAUUCAAUACAGAAAGGAAAUAAAACUGAUAGAAAAUUAAACAUAUUAUUUUUCAAAACCAUCUUCAUAGUAGUUGAACAAGAAUAAAUAAGUAUGUCCAUUGCAUCAUUUCAUUUAUUGAGGAUAUUCGGUUAUUUUCUGUUUCUAUUAGUUCAAAGAAUUCCAUCAAUAUAUUCAUCGAAUUAUAUACAACAAUCUGGUCCAUGUACACCUGAUGAAGAAGUAAAUAAACUACAAUGUCUACGAGAAUUACCAGCCGAACGAUAUGAAGUACUUGAAGGUGAAACAGUUUUAAUGAGAUGUCGUGUAGCCUAUCAACGAGGUAAAACACAAUGGCGUGCAAAGAAUUUUUUAUUAGGUUAUAAGAGGAAUAUACCAGAUUGGCCAAGAUAUUCAAUGCAAGGUGAUUCAGGACAAGGAGUACAUGAUUUGUUAAUUCAGAAUGUGAGUCGAGAAGAUGCUGGAGUUUAUGAGUGUCAAGUUUCUCCAGUCGCGGGACAAAAUCCUCUCCGGCGUCAAACGUUGUUAGUUAUAUUAGUUAAGCCAACAUCACCGAAAAUUUUAACUUUACCCGGUGUACCUCAACCAUCUGCUGAUGGACAGCUAAUUGUAGCUUUCGAUACUAAUCAGAAUAAUUCAAUUAAUAAUAAUCCAUUGAAACUUAUAUGUCAAGCUAAAGGUGGUUAUCCUACACCAAAAUUUGAAUGGUAUCAUAAUGGUAAUCUUAUAUCAACAUCAACAGAUUUAACUAAUAUUCAAGAUGAAAAUGAUGAAUUCACCUCUCAAGAUAUUAAUAAUGAUCAAUUUGAAUUGGAAAUUGAUAAACAAAAACUUACUACACGUGAUCGACUUGUAUGUUUAGUUAGUAAUAAAGCAACAAUGCGUUCAAAUCAUUUAUAUGAACAAAAACUCAGAGCGGAAGUUAUGAUUGUUAUACAAUCUUUACCCGGGGAUCCAGUAAUCAUUGACUGGGAUAAAUCUAUGAAUGAAUCAACUGGUUUAUUUAUUGGAUCUACAUUUGAAGCCACAUGUAGAAUUACUCCACCUGGUAAUCCACCUGGUAUAGUUAUCUGGAGAUUUGAACAUCCUUAUAACUCACUAAAAACAGAUGAAUUUAAUCUUUUUAAAAAUGAUCCAAUGAAGUCAACUAUUAAAACUGUUAUUUCUAUUCCCAAUGAAAAUAUAAUCAAUCAAAUUACAGAUGAAAAAAUUCUUAGUCGAAUAAAAAUAUCUAAUUUGAAUUCUACUAUGCAUGGAUUAAAUUUAGUAUGUGCAGUUCGACAUCAAAUUGGUCCUGAAAAGACAACUAAAAAACAAAUACAUAUACAUCACGGUCCAUCUUACGUGAAUAUCUAUGGUCCAUAUGAAAGAAUGGUUGAACUAAAACAGAAAGUAACUGACUUUGAUAAAUUGAACCGUUUGAAUAACAAAAAUAUUUUAACCACUGUAAAUAAACAAAAACUUUAUCUGUACCUGGAUAGACCACAGUAUUUAUUAUGUAUAACUGGAGUUUAUUAUGGACAAACUGAAGUUAGAUGGAGAGGAAGAGUACACAAUAGUGAACAAUGGGAAUUUAUUUCACCAGUUGAAUCAUUUAUACAAAAUGAUGCAAAUGAAAUAAAUGAAUUAAAUUUUAAUCAAGCAUCAAUUAUACAAUUAGUUUCAACUAAUAUGAAAAGAAAUGCUUUAACAUGGACUGAAAUAGAAUGUACUGCUGUAUCAAAUUUUCAUAAAGAAAUUAAUGAUGAAUUGAUAUCAAAGCAAGUUGAUCUAGAAAUAUACGAGAUUCCUGGUGUUCCAGUGGUUACAGGUCAGAAAGAAGGAGUUUUAUUACCAGAAGGUACUACUCUUUCACUUCAUUGCACAGCAAAGCAAGGAAAUCCUCCAGGAAAGUUAAUUUGGACUCAAGCCUUAAGAAGUAGAAAUGAAAGUGAAAUAAUUGAUGAUUCUUAUAUUAUUCAACAGAAUCAAUCAAAUAAAUUUCUUGAUGGUAUGCUUUAUUCAACUUUAAACAUUAAUCUAACAAAACUAUAUGAUGGAGCUAUAAUUCAAUGUGGUGCAAUGAAUCCUGGUUAUCGAUUUGUAGAUACACAGUUCAGUUCACCAAUAGAAAUUGGAGUUGCUUAUUCAGCAACAAUAUUGAACAUAAGUAUUAUGAGUGGAACUGGACAAAUGAUUACAAAGUCAUUAUUACGUGAUGAAUUACAAAGAAUUUUAAGUUAUUAUAAAUCAAAAUAUAACAAUGAACACAUUCCAGUUGUUCAAGUAAAGGCAGGUCAUAAACUGAAAUUGAUGUGUCAAGUUGAAAUGUCAAAUCCAAAACCUAGAUUAGAAUGGCAACUUCACCAUUGUCCACCAAUUCAACUUGCAUCCAUAGUGAAAGGAUCAAAUGAUACAAUAAGUGAGAUCAAAACAUCAAGUGAUCCAUAUGAUGCGUUUUUCAAAAGCUGUCAGACUAUCCAACUAACCGGAAGUCAAACCAAAGAAACUACAACAAAUUCAAACAAACUUACUAUUUUAACCAGUCAUUUAGAGCUACCUAUUAACAUUUCACAUGAUGGAGAUUUAAUCGAAUGUUUAAUAAGAAAAUAUCCUAUGGAAUAUCCUGAUAAUUCCACUAACUUGCAGUCAGUUGAAAAGUAUGAUAUGUUGAAAUCAUUUUUACCAGAUAAACGUACACAAACGCUUACACUAUUAAGUUCACAGACUUUACUUUCAAUUCAAUUUGCACCGGUAUUUUUAACUCCAACCAAACAGUUGAAUUGGCCUAUGGAAUUUAAUAUAGACAACACUGACAAACAUGCUAUGCCACAUUAUAUUGUGAUUGAAGGUGGUUCACUUGACUUAGACCUAGAGCCGAUAUCAAAUCCUUCUCUAAGUAAAUCAUCUUGGUUUCGAAAUGGUACACCGCUUCCUAUGUCGUAUCCGACAGAUAUAACAAAAAUAUUCACUAGUCAUCAAGAUGAAGAAAAUGAUAAAAGCUUAAAAAUUAUAAAAGAUUCCAAUAAACGGAUUAUUGUCAAUCCAACAAGAAUAAUUAUUCAACCUGUUAAACGUUUAGAUAUGGCCAAUUAUACACUUGUUGCAACCAAUUCAUUAGGAAGUAAAGAAUUCACCUUCUUCCUUAAUGUUACCUAUGGUCCUCAGUUGAUUGGUCCCUCAUCAAUAAAUGUUACUGUAACUGGUAAAAAAGCUGAGUUGAUGUGUCAAUCAGAAGCUAAUCCAGCACCAACUACAAAUGCUGUCCGAUGGAGACGCUUAACUAAUACAUUAAUUGGUACAGAUUCUUUGGAAAAUAUUUAUAGAGCUUCAGUUUCACACGCAGUUAUAUCUACAAAGAAUCAUCUUUCUCAAGCUGAUUCAGCUGCUGGGAUUCACUGUGAUAAGGGUGAAUGGCAUAAUGGACUUAAAUAUUAUGCCAAAUGUUGGUAUUCUGCUCCAGGAGUAAUGUCUAGUACUCUUACAAUUUACGAUUUGAAUCCAAAUGAUGUUGGCCGGUAUCAGUGUCAUAUGGAUAACGGAAUCGGCUCUCCAGCUGUUCGGAUAAUUGAUCUUACUUAUCCAUUUGAACCACGAGUUGUUCCAGUAACUAGAUGGUCAAGAGCUGCGCCAAAUAUGAUUUUGAAUAAGAAUAAAACAGCAAGUAAUACACAAUCAUCUCAAACUACUGAUCAAAUAUCUUCCAUUGUAAAAGGACCUCAUGCACGUUUAACAUGUGUCAUUGCAGCAGAACCUAUGCCAGAAGUACAAUGGUUACGAGAACCAGCCAAUUUAACAUUAAUUGAAGGUGGUCAAUUCCAUUCAGUAGUUAAAUCUAUUCGACCUGGAUUAUAUCAUGCAAUACUGUAUUUGAUACAACCACAAGAUGUUGACUUAGGUCGAUAUUUUUGUAAAGCUAAGAAUUUAGUUGGUGAAGAUACUGGUCGAGUUGAUCUAAUAAACUCAAUCCAACCAGAUGUACCAAGUUCUCCACGUUUGAUAAAUGCAACUAGUACAAGUUUAGCCGUAUCAUGGACACAAGGAUUUAAUGGUGGACCUGAACAAACAUUUCUGCUGCAAUGGCAACCAAAUGAAGAUCCAGAUCAGUAUGAUAAAGUGAAUAUUAAAGAAGAUCUUGAUAAUGAGGUGUUAACUUACAAUAUUCUAGGUCUUCAGAAAGCCACAACAUAUCGCGUAUCCGUUGGUGCUUAUAAUAUAUUAUCCACUGCAACAUCGUUUUCACCUUAUCUGUUAGCAACUACAACCGCCUUUGAUUCAGUAUCAAAUGAAGAGGUGAUGAGAGAUGAAGCCAAAACUAAAUCAUUAAAAAAUGUUCAAAGAGGACAUUGGGAUACUAGAUGGCAGUUAAAUUCUAAACAAUCUGAAAAUUCUGAAAAUUUUGAUCCACAAAGACGUUCAGUUAGAUCUGGUCAUGAAUUGAAUAGAUCAGAUGAUAAUGUAUUUGUGAUAAUUACAGCAGUUUCAGUAUUUGGAUCAUUUAUUUUAAUUGGAAAUUUAUUGAUUAUACUUAUAUUUACAAGAAAUAAACGUCAAAAAUUAAAAAGAGGAGAGCGUAAAGUUUCCGCUGCAGGAGAACUUAUGCAGAUCUAUCCAAUAGAAAAUGGACUAUCAGAAAUACAUAGCAAUCCACAAAACAACUUUUCAAUGUAUUCAGAAGAUAUGCGCUUAAAUGCCAGUUAUAUGUUACAGUCAGGUCCACAAGAUCAGUUUUCACCUUUUCAAAACGGAUGGGAACGGAUACCUUUAAAUAUUUGUUCAGACCAAGCGUCGUCAAUUAUUAGAGGAAAUCAAAUGUUUUCAAGUUCUCCUCAUUCUAGCAUGAAAGCAAUGAAUACACAAAAUUACAAUUCUCCAAAUCACAUGGAGUUCAGUAAUCGACCUCCUAGUGAUAUAUCUAUUCAGCCUUCAUUAAUGUUUAUAAAUAAUCAUGAUCCAACCACAAUGGCCUAUCUAAACCCCGAUAUUUCAACAGUAGAUCCAGUGCAUACAGUCCAAGAUUACAAUGACUGUCCAGAACUUGUAAACACUGGAUUUCCAAAUACUAGUUCAACUUUUAAUUACGAUAUAGACGGAAUUCGCCAAAACGUCGAACGACCUACACCCACGCAUCCAAGACUUGUAAGUGUCGGUAGAACUUUAGCCGAAAAGGGUAACAGGAAUCGGUCACCUCAUUCUGGAGCUGCUUCAAGUGUGUCAACAAUUAGAUCUAAUGGACAUGGAAAUACCAACAGUUUAGAAAGAAGCCUUUCAACUUUUCAACGUUCACACCAUGCAAAUUUGUCUGAUGACUUCAGACAAGUUGGCGGUGGUCUGACACUUCCCAAUGGUGGUUUAGGACCGAACAUAUUGAGCCCAAGUCCUCAUACAAACUCACAUUUACUUAAUUCAAAUGCAAGAACUUUCUACAGCUCUCCACCUAGUUGGAUGCAACAAAGUGGAAUGACUACUAGCUUUCAUGGAGGUCGUAUGCCAUCAUGGAGACAAUGUUCUAAUCCUCUUGGAGGUGAUGAAUACAAUCCAUCCGUUCUAUCAGUACAACAAGCAGGAAGAAAUCCGUACAAUUAUCAAGGACAACAACCAACGUUUCAACGCAUGGACAGUUUUGAAUUACCUGACAGCUAUGUUCAUAACAACCGCCAACAAGUCAAUUCAAAUAAGGUUCUCAUUUUUCUUUGAUCAACUGAUACUAAGCACAUUUUUUUUUAUUUUGUAUAUGUUUCUCUGUGAGGAUACACCUUUCAUAUCUCUAUGAGCUACAACAUUAUUACUUAUAAGCAGUGGAAAAUCGAUAUAGGUUUAUUUAUCUAUUCAACCAGAUGAACAUGAAACCGUCGACUGUAAAAGUAAAGAUAAAAUUAAAUCACAUCAUAAACACUCAGUCAAUAUUGACGUGUGACCUGGUUAAUUCUGUCUAAAGGUAUAAAAUAUCAUACCUCACAUUAGUAGAUCAAGAUGCAAUGCAGGAAGAUGAAAGAAGGAGAAAGUCGUCGAGAGAAAGAAAGCAUUAAGAUAAUGUGUGGAUAAAUCUGUGCCAGUAAAAUCGAUUCUGAAUGAUAUCACCAACAGUCUCCAAUCACUUAUUUCGGUUGUUAUAUAGGCCCCAAUAAGGAGGUCUACUUUUCUUUACAUGACACAAAGGAACAUGAAGAGGCUAAUUGGGAUAAUUCCUUAGUUUAGUCUUGUUGCCAUCUAACUUUCUUUUAACUUGAACCUUUUUUACGUAAUACUAUGAUUUAGUCAGAAGAUUUCAUCACAUCAAUCCUUAUUCUCAGAUUGUGUGUGGAUGCAACCUAAUCCUGAAGUAUCAGUUAGUAUUCAAAUGUUGAGAAAUACAUUCCAAACGUUUUUUCGUCUUCAUUUAAACUACACAGAAGAUUUCAAACUAUGUUUACUCACAAUAAACUAUCUGUUUUGACAAUGAAUGUGUAUUAGAAAGUAACAGGAAUAUGCAAACAUUUUCGGAUAAAUUUUAAUGAAUUUUAGUGAAUUACAGGUAUCAUUUAUCCCACAAGAAUUGAAAAAAUAAGUAUUUAUUGAAAAGUUUAAAAAUCCUCAUUCAGUCAUUUUACAAAAAAUGUUUAAUGAAAGGGAUACUCUUUUCAGAGAUAUCAUUUUCAAGCUGUACAAUUGCAGUAAUGAUGAAUAGUGGCUGGAAGUAGAAUCCAGGAUGCGUAUUUCAUCCUGUUUGGUACUCAUCAGUUGGAUGUGCUUGCCUCUCAUUGAGUGAUAUUGUUCCCACCAGGAUUCAAACUCAAAAGCGAUUGCUUCAAACGUCAAAGCGUUAUUCACUACACUACUGAGUCACGAUAGCCACUUGUUGUGCGAAAAGCAAAGUCUUAGUAAAAUUGUAUUCAAAGCUAAUCAGAGUAUCAGUAGAAAAUUUUUAUUGCAGAUAGGUAACUAAAAUUUUGGUUUCCAGUAUUUAUUGAUUUAUUUGUUGACUGAAAUAAAAUUGUGUUAACUUUUUGAUAUUUUAGAGUUCUGAAGUUUUGUCACCACGAUAUCAUCAAGAAUCACCAGUAAGAUAUAUGGGUCAUUUAGAGCAGAAAAAAUCAUCAUCAAAUCAAAAUAAUAAUGAUUUCAAAAAUUUAACAAUAGAUUAUCCUUCAAACAGUUCUACUAUACCACCACCAAAUGAUUUUCAAACUAACAGUUCACAUAUUCCAUACAUACAAAUCAACUGUUCAACUCCAACUGUAAGUAGACCAUAUUAUCUUACUGCCAAUGAAAACGAGAAUAUCAUUAUUCCAUCUAAUAAUGAUGAUGAUCAUAUACAAGGAAUUAAUCAACAUCACCUUGGAAUAUCUAGAAAUAUUUCAAAUGAACUAAUAACACAUCAACGUCAAAAUAAUUAUUCUUCUUACGGUUGUGUUUUAUAACACUAGGCAUCCUAUUAUAGUGUGUUAAACUGAACCUUCUUAAAAGAUGUACAGUGAAAUAUUCCCCAAGACAAAAUUAAAUAUUAUUAUCGCUUAAUUCUUUUAAUGACUUUUCUUGAGAAAAAAAAAAGUGUACAUUUAUCUAUAUGCAAUAAUUUUUAACCUUUGUAUAAAAGUAUUUAUUGUAAAGUAUCUGUGAAGAAUACCGCCUAACAUGAAUUGUGUGA